UCCGAAAGUAAACACUAAAGAAUAUCUAAAGAAAGGAAUCAUAAGAAUAAUUAAUAAGUUCGUCAACAAGAAGUGAGGCUCAACCAACGACAGAUUCAUACAUUUACAUUUCUGUCUAAGGGUGGCAUCUUGGAACACAGUGUUACAGAUAGCUGAAUUCAAUCUUCAUUCAUUGAUUAAGGCACAAUGCAGUUGUGAACAGCAACCGUGAUGGCUAUGGCUCAUACACGUGUCCCUUUCCAAUGCCAUAAAUACUCACUUCCCUCACCGAUUUCUUCUUCCUCAUUAAUGCUUCUUUCUUCUUCUUCCUCUUCUUUGUGGUCUUUUUCAUCAUCGUUUGCUACGAGGAGGAGCCAUAAGGGUGUGAAGGGGAGGGUGAGAAUCAGUGUUGCGACCAUGGCUGAUUCAUCAAAGAGAACUGUGAUUGUCACUGGUGCUGGUGGCCGUACAGGACAAAUAGUGUAUAAAAAACUAAAAGAGCGGUCAGCCGAGUAUGUUGCAAGAGGCCUUGUCAGAACUGAAGAAAGCAAACAGAAAAUUGGUGCUGCGGAUGAUGUUUUCGUGGGGGACAUAAGAAAUGCUGAUAGUAUCGUUCCUGCAAUUCAAGGUGUGGAUGCUCUAAUAAUUCUUACAAGUGCAGUGCCACAGAUGAAAGCUGGGUUUGAUCCAACCAAAGGUCAACGACCUGAGUUCUACUUUGAAGAUGGUGCUUAUCCUGAACAGGUUGACUGGAUUGGGCAGAAAAACCAAAUAGAUGCUGCUAAGGCUGCAGGAGUGAAGCAGGUUGUGUUGGUUGGGUCUAUGGGAGGAACAGACCUUAACCAUCCUUUGAACAGCUUGGGUAAUGGGAAUAUAUUGGUUUGGAAAAGAAAGGCUGAGCAAUAUCUUGCAGACUCUGGUAUUCCAUACACAAUCAUAAGGGCUGGUGGCUUGCAAGAUAAAGAAGGUGGUAUUCGGGAACUGCUCGUUGGGAAGGAUGAUGAGCUUCUCAAGACAGAAACCAGAACCAUUGCUAGACCCGAUGUCGCAGAAGUCUGUAUUCAGGCACUAAAUUUUGUGGAGGCUCAGUUUAAGGCAUUUGACUUGGCAUCAAAACCUGAGGGAGCUGGUUCACCAACAAAGGACUUCAAGGCCUUGUUUUCUCAGAUCACUACCCGUUUUUGAAUUUUGAGUGGUGUUGUCAUGUUUCAAAAUAACUCGUUGGCCAGCGGCAGACCCUUAAAUAGAGCUUCGAUCUGCGACAAAGUCCUUGAUUAGUCCUUGAUUCGUCGGGUUGGGGGAUACGGUGGGCAACCAAAAAAAACUUAUCUAUUUUAGUCCCAACAUUUGGGAUUGGACCUCCAUAGCUAGAAAAAUCACUGUCAUGACAGUUCAUUAAAAGAUUGUGUAAAGAAAAUUAUUGACUUUCAUGGUACCGGCACAGCAAGCCUGACAAAGUCAAGUGUUUAAUCAACACCUUUAUUAGUGUUUAUGAUUUCAUGGCAUUGUUCUCAAUUUCGUGAUAUAACAAAUUACAAAUGGAAUUCAUGAUUGGAUCAAUUCUUUGGAAGAACAAAAAUAUAACUGCCUUUGUUGUCCAAAGUAGUGUUUAUUGUCAUCAG